AUGAAGACUUUAAUCCAGCCAGUGAGUGGUCCGGUGGAGGGAGGCGUUCUGAUCACAAUCCGUGGGUCCAACCUGGGGAUGCACUACCAGGACAUCCAGGGAGGAGUGACUGUAGCUGGGGUCAGCUGCCUGCCUCAGUCCCAUGGGUACCUCAUCUCUACCAGGAUAGUGUGUGAGCUCCAGCCCAGUAAACAGGAGACGGAGGGACCAGUCAUUGUUACCGUGGGAGACUCAGAACCAGGACGGUCUCUGCAGACAUUCACCUACCAGGACCCCCAGUUGACUGGUAUUGUCCCUGAUAAGGGCCCUGUAUCAGGAGGGACCAGCCUGACAGUCCAGGGGACUCGGCUACGAACAGGACAGAGGAAGGACCUGACUGCAUACGUAGGACAACAACCCUGCUACAUUGUUGAGGAGGUGAAUGGGACUCACCUGGUGUGCAGGACCAGCCCCAGUAACCAGACAGCAGAGCUGACAGUCAGGGUGUUGUUUGGGAAGGCAGAGAGGAGUGUACCUGGGCAGGUGUUUCACUACAUGGAGGACCCCGUCAUCACCGAGGCCUUUCCUGCUGAGAGCUUCUACGGGGGUGGGCGUAGUAUAAAGGUGAUUGGGCGUAGCCUGUACGUGGUCCAGCAGCCAAUGAUAACUGUGUGGGUGGAGCCUAAAGAGAACCCGCCCGAUGAGGAGGAGGAGGAGGAGGAGGAGGAAUAA